UCGCCCUGCCCCGGCGGGUGGUCGGGAUCCUCCGCAGCUAGGCGCCGUCAGCUGGAGCGUCGCGGCGGUCGGCCAGUCGUGGAGGGCGUGUCCUGCGGCGCGAUGGCCGUAGUGUUGCCGGCGGUCGUGGAGGAGCUCCUGAGCGAGAUGGCGGCGGCGGUGCAGGAGAGCGCGCGAAUUCCUGAUGAAUAUCUGUUAUCGCUGAAGUUUCUCUUUGGCUCAUCAGCCACCCAGGCCUUGGACCUAGUUGAUCGACAGUCCAUCACCUUAAUCUCAUCACCCAGUGGAAGGCGUGUUUACCAGGUACUUGGAAGUUCUGGUAAAACAUACACAUGUUUGGCUUCUUGUCAUUACUGUUCAUGUCCUGCAUUUGCCUUCUCAGUGCUACGGAAGAGUGACAGCAUCCUGUGCAAGCAUCUCUUGGCAGUUUACCUUAGUCAGGUUAUGAGGACCUGUCAGCAGCUAAGUGUCUCCGACAAGCAGUUGACUGACAUAUUAUUGAUGGAGAAGAAACAAGAAGCAUAAAAGGUACAGACUGAGCAUCAUACUUUCAAAAUAGAAUCCUGUCAAGAAAUGCAUUUAAAAUGCCAUGAGUCACAUGGAAAAGAGGUGAAAUGGAUCUUUAGACACUUCAUGUUACUGUCCCUUUUCCCUCCAGGACUGCAGGAGGUGUUGUGGGUUGGAGCCGUGGGCUGUGGAGGGUUUGCAUAUGAUGAGAAGCCCUGUACAGUCUUCUCAAGAAAAACCCUGAGCCAGUCUCUGAGACGCUUGGGUAGAAAAUGUCCCUGGAUGGAAUCAAGAUUUUAAAUUCAAAUAAAGCCUAAUAUCAUGUUGUGUCCACAAUAUUUAGUCUUUUUUUUUUCUUUUGAGACAGAGUCUCACUUUGUCGCCCAGGCUGGAGUGCAGUGGCGUGAUCGCAGCUCACUGCAAGCUCUGCCUCCCAGGUUCACGCCAUUCUCCUGCCUCAGCCUCCCAAGUAGCUGGGACUACAGGUACCCGCCACCAUGCCCAGCUAAUUUUUUGUAUUUUUUUUAGUAGAGAUGGGGUUUCACCAUGUUAGCCAGGAUGGUCUCUAUGUCCUGACCUAGUGAUCUGCCCACCUCAGCCUCCCAAAGUGCUGGAAUUACAUGCGUGAGCCACUGCGCCUGGCCGCAUUUAGUCUUAAGUAACUGAAUUACUAGUAAUUUUUAAAAGGUUGGAAUGGUGGGCCAAACAGAGUAAGAUGAAGUUUCGAUGAGUAGGUCAGUUCUUUUCCUUGGGUCCAGAAAACUACUGAGCAGCAACAGAAGGUCAGAGAUGGGUUAAACAGUAGCAGGUAUGAAAAGACUUAGAGGUUCUGGUUUCUGUAAGCGUCAAAUAUCUGUGAUGUUGGUGCCAAAACAGCUUAAGUAGACUAUUGUUUGAGAGGUGGUAUCGAGAACAAGGGAAGAACUGGUUUCACUCUGCAUUUCUGAUCUUUACAACAGGACAACUGAAGGAACAGACUAAAAAUCAUGUCCUGAAAGGAAACUACAGGUACUACCAGUGAUUUUCAGUCUGAAGAAGAAAAGACAAAAUAGAUGACAGAAGGAGUAUUAGAAGGGAGAGCGAUGAGACUCAGUUGGACACCGAGAGAGCAAAGAAGCAAUAAUACGUGAAGAUGAAAAUGAAAUCAAUUUCAGCAUAAAAGACAAGAACUUAGGGUAAAGCUGCCCACAGCCAGAAGAGGAUCCUAGGAGGACAGGAAUUCCCUGUCUGCAGCAUUUCAUAAGCAUGUAAUAUCAUUGCAGGGAUACUGCAGAAGGAGUUGAAGCAGUGGACAAACAGAUGAUAUAGGUGAUUUUACAGCCUAAGAAAGCCCCAUGCUUGUGCCCCCAAAACAUGAGGUGCUAGUGAAUGAAUGCUGGGGGAAAGCCCAGGGCCUAGGUGUUGCAAUGUUCUGUGGUAGGCAGAUGCUUUUUGUUUUGUUAAAAAAAGUGCAACAAAUAAAAUUUAUCAAGACUUUUCUGCUACUCAGGAAA